AUGACUGUUACUGUGGAGGAUGCAGUUUCGGAGACGGAGCACGAAAGCAAAGGUCAAAACGUACUAUCUCCCAAGAUUUCCGCCUCUUCAGAUAUAAGCACAGAUGUUGAUAAAGAUACAUCGUCUUCUUGGGAUGACAAAUCUUUGCUACCAACAGGUGAAUAUAUCGUGGAUAAAAACAAGCCUCAAACCUACUUGAAUAGCGAUGAUAUUGAAAAAGUGACUGAGUCUGAUAUUUUCCCUCAGAAACGUCUGUUUUCAUUCUUACAUUCCAAGAAAAUGCCCGAAGUACCACAAACCGAUGACGAGAGGAAGAUAUAUCCUCUGUUCCAUACGAAUAUUGUUUCUAAUAUGUUUUUUUGGUGGGUCCUACCGAUUCUGCGAGUUGGUUAUAAGAGGACAAUUCAGCCAAACGAUCUCUUUAAGAUGGAUCCAAGGAUGUCCAUAGAGACUCUUUACGAGAAUUUUGAAAAAAACAUGAUUUACUAUUUUGAGAAAACGAGGAAGAAAUACCGUAAAGGACAUCCAGAAGCUACAGAGGAAGAGAUUAUGGAAAAUGCAAAGCUCCCAAAUCAUACUGUUCUAAAAGCUCUAUUAUUUACUUUUAAGAAACAGUACUUCAUCUCAGUAGUGUUUGCGGUUCUCGCCAAUUGUACAUCUGGUUUCAACCCCAUGAUUACCAAGAGACUAAUUGAAUUUGUUGAAGAAAAGGCAAUUUUUCAUAAUAUGCAUGUUAAUAAAGGUAUCGGCUACGCUAUUGGCGCAUGUUUAAUGAUGUUCGUUAACGGAUUAACCUUCAAUCAUUUCUUUCAUACAUCCCAACUGACCGGUGUGCAAGCCAAGUCUAUCCUUACUAAAGCAGCCAUGAAGAAAAUGUUCAAUGCAUCUAAUUAUGCGAGACACUGUUUCCCCAACGGUAAAGUGACCUCCUUUGUAACAACAGACUUGGCUAGAAUUGAAUUUGCCUUGUCUUUUCAACCAUUUUUGGCUGGGUUCCCAGCGAUCUUGGCCAUUUGUAUUGUUCUAUUGAUCGUUAACCUUGGUCCCAUUGCCUUAGUUGGGAUUGGUAUCUUUUUCGGUGGGUUUUUCAUUUCUUUGUUCGCAUUUAAGUUAAUUCUGGGCUUUAGAAUUGCUGCAAACAUCUUCACUGAUGCUAGGGUGACCAUGAUGAGAGAAGUGCUGAACAAUAUUAAAAUGAUCAAGUAUUAUACAUGGGAGGAUGCAUAUGAGAAAAAUAUUCAGGAUAUCAGAACCAAAGAGAUUUCUAAAGUUAGAAAAAUGCAACUAUCAAGGAAUUUCUUGAUUGCCAUGGCCAUGUCUUUGCCCAGUAUUGCGUCAUUGGUUACAUUCCUAGCAAUGUACAAGGUUAAUAAUGCGGGUAGACAACCUGGUAACAUCUUUGCCUCCUUGUCUUUAUUUCAGGUCCUGAGUUUGCAAAUGUUUUUCUUACCUAUUGCUAUUGGUACUGGUAUUGACAUGAUCAUUGGAUUGGGUCGUUUACAGAGCCUAUUGGAGGCCCCGGAAGAUGAUCCAAAUCAGAUGAUUGAAAUGAAACCCUCCCCUGGCUUCGAUUCAAAAUUGGCACUAAAGAUGACACAUUGCUCAUUUGAGUGGGAGGAUUAUGAAUUAAAUGAUGCUAUUGAAGAAGCAAAGGGAGAAGCUAAAGAUGAAAGUAAAAAGAACAAAAAAAAGCGUAAGGACACAUGGGGUAAGCCAUCUGCAAGUACCAAUAAGGCGAAAAGAUUGGACAAUAUGUUGAAAGAAAGAGAUGGCCCGGAAGAUUUAGGAAAAACUUCCUUUAAGGGUUUCAAGGAUUUGAACUUCGAUAUUAAGAAGGGCGAAUUUAUUAUGAUUACGGGCCCUAUUGGUACUGGUAAAUCUUCACUAUUGAAUGCGAUGGCAGGAUCAAUGAGAAAGACUGAUGGUAAGAUCGAAGUCAAUGGCGACUUAUUAAUGUGCGGUUAUCCAUGGAUUCAAAAUGCGUCCGUAAGAGAUAAUAUUAUAUUUGGCUCACCGUUCAAUAAAGAGAAGUAUGAUGAAGUUGUUCGUGUUUGUUCUUUGAAAGCUGAUUUGGAUAUUUUACCGGCCGGUGAUAUGACCGAAAUUGGUGAACGUGGUAUUACCUUAUCUGGCGGUCAAAAGGCACGUAUCAAUUUAGCUAGGUCCGUUUAUAAAAAGAAGGAUAUUUACCUUUUCGACGACGUCUUAAGUGCUGUCGAUUCUCGUGUUGGUAAACACAUUAUGGAUGAAUGUCUAACCGGCAUACUUGCUAACAAAACAAGAAUUUUGGCUACACACCAACUGUCUCUGAUUGAAAGAGCUUCUAGAGUCAUUGUUUUGGGUACUGAUGGUCAAGUUGAUAUUGGUACUGUUGACGAGCUAAAAGCCCGUAACCAAACUUUAAUAAAUCUUUUACAAUUCUCUUCUCAAAAUUCUGAGAAGGAGGAUGAAGAACAGGAAGAGGUGAUUGCUGAUGAAUUGGGGCAAAUAAAAUAUGAAAAAGAGGUGAAGGAAUUGACUGAAUUGAAAAAAAAAACUACUCAAACGUCACAAACUGCAAACAGUAAUAAAGUUUUAGUGGACGGCCAUACUAGCAGUAAAGAAGAAAGAGCAGUUAACAGCAUCGGUCUGAAAGUUUAUCGGGAAUACGUUAAAGCUGCAGUAGGUAAGUGGGGUUUCAUCGCGCUACCACUAUAUGCAAUUUUAGUUGUUGGGACCACAUUUUGCUCACUUUUUUCUUCCGUUUGGUUAUCUUAUUGGACUGAGAAUAAAUUCAAGAACAGGUCACCCAGUUUUUACAUGGGUCUUUACUCUUUCUUUGUGUUUGCUGCCUUCAUAUUUAUGAAUGGUCAGUUCACAAUUCUUUGCGCGAUGGGUAUUAUGGCAUCGAAAUGGCUAAAUUUGAGGGCUGUGAAAAGAAUUUUACACACACCGAUGUCAUACAUAGAUACCACACCUUUGGGACGUAUUUUGAACAGAUUCACGAAAGACACGGAUAGCUUGGACAAUGAGUUAACUGAAAGUUUACGAUUAAUGACAUCUCAAUUUGCUAAUAUUGUAGGUGUUUGUGUCAUGUGUAUUGUUUACUUGCCGUGGUUUGCUAUCGCAAUUCCCUUUCUUUUGAUCAUCUUUGUUUUAAUUGCUGACCAUUAUCAGAGUUCCGGUAGAGAAAUCAAAAGGCUUGAAGCUGUUCAACGUUCUUUCGUUUACAAUAAUCUAAAUGAAGUCUUGGGUGGUAUGGAUACAAUUAAAGCAUAUCGAAGUCAGGAAAGAUUUUUGGCAAAAUCAGAUUUUUUGAUUAACAAAAUGAACGAGGCCGGAUAUCUUGUUGUUGUCCUGCAAAGAUGGGUAGGUAUUUUCCUUGAUAUGGUUGCUAUCGCAUUUGCACUAAUUAUUACGUUAUUAUGUGUUACGAGGGCUUUCCCCAUUUCUGCAGCUUCGGUAGGUGUUUUGCUGACUUAUGUAUUGCAAUUGCCUGGCCUAUUAAAUACUAUUUUAAGGGCAAUGACGCAAACAGAGAAUGAUAUGAAUAGUGCCGAAAGAUUGGUAACGUAUGCAACUGAACUACCCUUAGAGGGUUCUUAUCGAAAGCCAGAAAUGACGCCUCCGGAGUCAUGGCCUUCAAAGGGCGAAAUUAUUUUUGAAAAUGUUGAUUUCGCUUAUAGACCUGGUCUACCUAUCGUUCUAAAAAGCCUUAAUUUGAGUAUUAAGAGUGGAGAAAAAAUUGGUAUCUGUGGUCGUACUGGUGCCGGUAAGUCUACUAUUAUGAGUGCCCUGUACAGAUUGAAUGAACUGGCCGCCGGUAAGAUUUUAAUUGACGAUGUUGAUAUAAGUCAGCUGGGACUCUUUGAUUUAAGAAGAAAAUUAGCCAUAAUCCCACAAGAUCCAGUAUUAUUUAGGGGUACGAUUCGCAAGAAUUUAGAUCCAUUUAAUGAACGUAAAGAUGAUGAAUUAUGGGAUGCAUUAGUGAGAGGUGGUGCUAUUGCCAAGAAUGAUUUACCGGAAGUAAGAUUACAAAAACCUGAUGAAAAUGGUACCCAUGGUAAAAUGCAUAAGUUUCAUUUAGAUCAAGCAGUGGAAGAAGAAGGUUCAAAUUUCUCUUUAGGUGAGAGACAACUAUUAGCAUUAACAAGAGCUUUGGUCCGCCAAUCGAAAAUAUUGAUUUUGGAUGAGGCUACAUCCUCAGUGGACUACGAAACCGAUGGUAAAAUUCAAACACGUAUUGUGGAGGAAUUUGGAGACUGUACGAUUUUGUGUAUUGCCCACAGACUAAAGACCAUUGUAAACUAUGAUCGUAUUCUUGUCCUAGAAAAGGGUGAAGUUGCAGAAUUCGAUACACCACGGACAUUGUUUACUCAAGAAAAUAGUAUUUUCAGAAGCAUGUGUUCUAGAUCUGGUAUUGUUGAAAAUGAUUUCGAGAACCGAACUUAA